AUGGCGUUCACCUCCGCCUCCCUCCUCCUCCUCGCCGCCGUCUCCCUCCUCUUCCUCCCUCCGGCGAGGCCACAAUCAUGCAAAUCCCAAACAUUCUCCGACGCCAACACCAAAUUCGCCAACUGCGCCGACCUCCCCACCCUCAACGCCGCCCUCCACUGGACCUACGACCACGCCACGAGACCCGGCCCCAAGCUGAGCGUCGCGUUCGUCGCCCCUCCGGCCCGGCCCGGCGGCUGGGUCGCGUGGGCCCUCAACCCCACGGGCUCCGGCAUGGUCGGAGCCCAGGCGCUCGUCGCCUUCUCCGGAGACGGCGGCGCCGCCUCCGUGAAGACGUACAACAUCUCCUCGUACGGCCCGAUCGCCGAGUCGGAGAUCGCGUACGCCGUCACGGGGAGGCGGGCGGAGCACUCCGGCGGCGUGAUCAGGCUGUUCGCCACGCUGGAGCUGCCGACGGGGAGCGGCGGCAGGGCGAUCAACCAGGUGUGGCAGGUCGGCGCGGCGGUGAAGGGCGGCGUUCCGGUGAAGCAUGAGUUCUCGGCGCAGAAUCUGAAUUCGAUGGGGUCUUUGCUGUUGACUGCGGCGGAGGGCGGUGGAUCGAUGCCGGCGCCGGCUCCGGCGCCGGGAAGUGGCGGUGGUGGGCCAACUCCCAGCAUUCCUAGAGGGAAUGGCGGUGGGAGGAAUCACGGCGGCGGUGGCUUUUUUGGGAUGGUGCUUCUAGGGGUAUUUUUGGUAUUUUGA